AUGGAAACUGUUCAGAUUGUUGAAUGGGAACGUGCCAUGCGACCAUUAGGCAGUGUACAACAAGCUGUAGUAGCGAAAAAAGCGAUUGUUAAACCUGAUCAACGCUACAAUCAAAUUAUGGAUAUUAUAAAUAAGCGCAAUUACAAUUCUGAUUCUUAUUUAAAAGCACUCAAUAUUCAUGUCAAUACUGAAGACAUGAUGAAAAUUCGCGAUAAAUCAUAUUUUAUUUUUUAA